AUGUGGAUAGUUCUUUGGUGCACAUUACGAUGUACAAAAUAGUCAACUCUGAAUGUACUCUUUGUUUAGUUUCUCUCUAUAAAUAAAUAAGAAACCUUUCAUAUAUUCGUUCGUCUCCAACCAAAAUCUCUUCUUUUUCUCUCCAUUUCAAACCUGUUCUUAUUAUAGUGUUCCUUAUUUCCAGUAUCUCCCUGAGUUUGUCUUGAUCAUGUCGAAAACUGGAGCAUUGGAUCUCGCAUCGGGUCUCGGAGGAAAUAUUGAGAAAAGCAAUGUUCUUUCUGCAGUUGACAAGUAUGAAAAGUAUCAUGGCUCUCAUGGAGGUGAAGAAGAAGACAGAAAAUCUAACUACAGUGACAUGGUCAAUAAAUACUAUGAUCUAGUUACCAGCUUCUAUGAAUUUGGCUGGGGAGAAUCCUUCCAUUUUGCAAACAGAUGGAAAGGUGAGUCUCUUAGAGAGAGCAUGAAGAGGUAUGAACAUUUCAUUGCUUUGCAGCUAGGAGUAAAACCAGGACAGAAGGUGCUUGACGUGGGCUGUGGAAUUGGAGGCCCACUAAGAGAGUUUGCUCGAUUUAGCUCUGCAUCAGUUACAGGGUUGAACAAUAACGAAUAUCAGAUAUCAAGAGGAAAGGAACUGAACCAUAUUGCUGGGGUAGACAAGACCUGCGACUUUGUUAAGGCUGAUUUUAUGAAUAUGCCAUUUCCUGACAAUUCAUAUGAUGCAGUGUAUGCAAUUGAAGCUACCUGCCAUGCACCAGAGGCUUAUGGAUGCUACAAAGAGAUUUAUAGAGUGUUGAAGCCAGGCCAAUUUUUUGCUGCAUAUGAAUGGUGCAUGACUGAGGCAUUUGAUCCCAAUAACCAAAAUCAUCAAAAGAUCAAAGCUGCAAUUGAGAUCGGUGCUGGCCUCCCAGAUAUCAGAUUGACAACUAAAUGCCUUGAAGCUCUAAAACAAGCAAGGUUUGAGGUGAUAUGGGAAAAAAACCUUGCAGCAGACUCACAAGUCCCCUGGUAUUUGCCUUUGGACAAAAGCCAUUUCUCGCUCAGUAAUUUCCAAGCAACAGCUGUUGGGCGCUUUAUGACCAGGAACAUGGUAAAGGCACUAGAAUUUGUUGGCUUGGCACCAAAGGGAAGUCAAAGAGUUCAAAGUUUUCUAGAGAAGGCUGCAGAUGGGCUUUUUGAAGGUGGAAAAAUGGAAAUAUUCACACCAAUGUAUUUUUUCUUGGUCCGGAAGCCAGAGUCAGAGUAGUCUGUUAUGAUGGAAAACAUUCCUAGUGGGAGCUUGGGAUUUAGGGCUAGUUUGGUUCAGCGUUGUUGCUUGCUGCUGAAGUGUGAACGUGUAUCAAAGUGUUUGGUAAACUAUAUGAUUGAAGUGAUUAAAAUAAAUUCACACACACUAAACAUACUAGAUUUUAAUAUAAUUAUUGUAUUUCUUUAAACAAGUUUAAAUUAAAAUAUGUUUUUGAUAAGAUACUAUUAUAAAUAAUCAGUCUGCUAAAAUUCUAA